UAAAGAAGAGUCUUUACAAAGGAGAUUAGAUGACGAAGUUAGAUAUUCAAGAUGCAUAUCUUCACAUUUCUGUAAACCAGAAAGCAACACAAUAGUUAGGCUUCAAAUAGAAAGAGAGAAUAUUCAAAUUCAUAGCAAUACCAUUUGGUAUAAUAUAUGUACCAAAAGUGUUCACAAAAAUUAUAAUAGCGGCCCUGAUGCUAUUAUAUUUACAAGAAAUUCAGAUGAAUCUAGAAUUCAUAAUGAACAAGAAAAAAUGCUAAAUGAUACCCUUCAGACAACAGGAGUUUUUAGAGUUCAUAAUAGAUAUAAAGUCAUUAGAAAUAAAGUUACCAAAAGAGAAAAUAAAGAAGAUAUGGAAAAAAUAAGAUCAUUAUUGAAAAUAAACAUGAUAUCAACAAGAAAACUAGCAUUUGUAAUUAGACUUUUAAAUACAACAACAGAA